UAGGAAUAAGAAAGAUAGGAGAAGAAUGGAGAUAGCAGACUUUGUGCAUCGUGUGCUGGCGUUCAUUGCUUCAAUGAAAGUCAACGGCAAAGUUAUCAACAUCAUGAAAGAUUCAGACAUCAACGAGGAUGGCUUGAUGGUGAAGGAAGUUAAUAAACAGACGGAGGAAAAGGAUAAAUAUACAGAGACAAAAAGUAUUGACAAACACCCUUUUUCAAUUGAGUCGAUCUUAAAUGGGACAACUAAACACAGAAAAGCAAGACAAGGAAAAAAUGGCACAACACUGAAGCAAAGACGAGAGAGGUCCGCACUGCCAUUGAACGCUUUAGAAGCAUUUACAAACAAGGCAUUUUUAACAAUGAAACCAGAACGAAUACUCAACGAGGAUGAAGAAAAUAUCGUCAUUCGUGAAAGACUGAAGUAUCUUACGGCAAAGACGACAGCAAAGAAGACAAGACGAAAAGCGCGAACAUGCUUCACUAAUCAGCAAAUUUACGAACUAGAAAGACGUUUCAUCUAUCAAAAAUAUCUUUCCCCACAAGAUAGAGAUGAGCUGUCUGAUAUGCUGAAUCUCUCCAAUGCGCAAGUCAUUACGUGGUUUCAAAAUCGCCGCGCAAAACUGAAACGUGAUAUUGAAGAAAUGCGCAAUGAUCUUGCCGCAACAAGAACACUACAAGCAACGCAAACAGUCUGCACGGAAUUGCAUUGUCGAUAUACGGACUGUAGAUGAAAUGUGCUCAGUGAUACUCUCUCAUGAACAAGUAAAACACAUCCAUAGUUCUGUAGGUCUUAAAAUGAAGCGCAAGUUACAUUUAAUAGCUCCAGGAAAGCUUUCACAGUAAUAUAAAAAACGUUGUAAAAACAUUUAUCAUAAAGGCAUACAUUAUAAAGACGUUCAUUUCUUAGA